AUGAGGGUCCUUCUUCUGCUCCUUCUUUCCCCCCUCCAAGUGGUGGGAGCCAGCAGCCACCAGGAAGAGGACUUCCGUUUCUGUGGUGACCGAAACCAGACCGAGAACAGCUCCAUCAUCUACGAGCAUGGCCGUGCCACCAUCAAGAACACGGCCCAGGCGCUGAUAAUACAAUGGCCCUUUUCACCAGGCAGGAGAAACUCUUACUACAAGUACAGCUUGCCCCCCGCUUUGGGCAGGUACCGCUUCUGCAUCUACUGGUUCAAGGCCAACAGGACCCUGAGGCUGGUGUACGGGAAGCAGAGGUUCCCCCUGCCUAGGGAAACAUCCAGCAGCAUCACCCGGGGGAAGGAGAGUCACAAGACUGAAGGAACCACCUCCAUCUUCAAUGUGUCCUACAUCUUAAAGGGUGGGAACAACACCUCCCUUGACAGUGCAUCGGAAUACUCCUUACCAGUCUCUCCAGAGAGCAUGCCCGUCUGGGAACAAGACGUGGAGGAGCAGCUCACCGCCUUGGACAGCCUCAUCGCCCAACCCCCAGCGCCAGCCGCGGGAGCCACGAGGCGCAAACUCGGGGAGCUGGAGAAGGCGCUGGCCAAGGUGGAGCUCGAAGGGCAGAACCAGACCUUUGGGAAGGCCACGGUGCAUGCAACCGUCCUGAGGGUCCAGCCCACUCAGGCUCCUCGGCACCUGGCCUUUGCUUCCCAAAGAGAGGAGGGCGGAGAGGUCCAUGGGUUCAUGGUGGACCUGCCAAGCAGCCUGUUUGUGAUGGCAAAGGAGAGGGAGGAGGUGGUGGAGCACAGGGUGCUCGUCAUGGACAUCAACAGCCAGACCAUGUUCCAGGAUGAAAACAGCAGCCAUGUCUUGGGUGACAAGGUGGUUGGCAUCUCCUUGGUGGACACGGUGGUGGCCAACCUCUUUGACCCAGUUGUUCUCACUUUCUUCCACAACCAGCUGCCGAGGAACGUGACCUCGCUGUGCGUCUUCUGGCUGGAGGACACCACCGCCAGCUCUGGGAGCUGGGACAGCUCUGGUUGUACAACAGUGACGGGGCACAGCCAGACGGACUGCAGAUGCAACCAUCUCACCUACUUUGCUGUGCUGAUGGUAUCCUCCCCGGAGAUCGCCUACAUACACAGGGAUUACCUGAGUAUCAUAACCUACAUCGGCUGUCUGAUCUCCGCUGUGGCAUCCAUUUGCACCAUCUUCUUCCUCUACUUCAGAAGCAAGCAGCGAGACCAGAUCACAAGCAUGCACAUCCACAUGAACCUGCUGGCUGCCAUCUUCCUCCUGGACAUCACCUUCCUCAUCUCCGAGCACUUGGCUUCCAUCAGCAGCGAGGCAGUCUGCAGAGCCGGGGGGCUGUUCCUGCACUUCUCCCUCCUGAGCUGCCUCACCUGGAUGGGCAUCGAGGGCUACAACCUCUACCGGCUUGUGAUUGAAGUCUUCAACGCGUACCAUGACCACUUCCUCCGCAAGCUCUGCCUGGUGGGCUGGGGACUCCCCUUCUUCUGCGUGAUGCUGAUCUUCCUGGCUAGCUGGACAAACUAUGGCCCCUUCUCCAUUCCUGUCUACGAAUCUGUUGGUGGCAAAUACACCAACGCAACCAUAUGCUGGAUCACAAGCCCCCUGAUCCAUAACAUCAUGAACCUGGGUUUCUUCAGCCUGGUGUUCCUCUUUAACUCAGUCAUGCUGGGAGCGAUGGUCCGGGAGAUCCUCCGGCAGAACAAGAAAGGCCACAAGCUCAAGCACGUCCUAGCCCUCUUUGGGCUGAGCAUCCUUCUGGGCAUUCCCUGGGCACUGGUCUUCUUCUCCUUCACUUCUGGUGUCUUCCGCCUUGUCUCCCUCUAUAUCUUCACCAUCAUCAACUCCCUCCAAG